GGAGGAGGAGGAGGAGGAGGAGGAGGGGGACAUUGAAGUCGAGGAUGUUCACGGGACGAAGACGGAUGUUCGCAUCUUAACCUUAUUGGCUGACAGGUGGCGGCUGCUUUCGGCCAAUCGCGUCUGACCGUGUGUGCGUGUGUUUGUGUGUGUGUGUGUGUGUGUGUAUGUGUGUGUCCUCUCCUCAGAUGAUGGGGAACAGCUGCGAUAGAGAAGUAUCUUCGGAUCGUUCUCCGAGGAGGAGGAGUAUCUCCGGUCUGGGGAGUUCAGAGAAGACCGUCACUGUGGACAAUCCCAACUCGUCUCCUUUCAAAGUGCCGGGGUUUUUCAGUAAACGUCUCAAAGGCUCCAUCAAGAGGACGAAGAGUCAGACCAAACUGGACAGAAACACCAGCUUCAGACUGCCCUCGCUGCGACCUGCCGACGCCGACAGGUAACGUGUUUAUGUAACGUACUCGCUGCUGCGUGGCGUGACGGUUGCUUAGACCUGAGAGGCGAGGAGGAGAUGACUGGACACCUGGGCGACUUUUUGGUUUAAUGAGUGAGAUCUGGUUUGGAUUUGCAAAGGUUUGCGUAGUCAGGAGAGGAAGGCUGUGCAAGACGUCAGCCAGUCAGAGAGUGGAACAGGCUUUUCUUAAAGAGACAGUAGCUCAAACAGAGGAGGAACUCAGGGACUGCAUGAAGGGAAGCCAUCACAAAGACAGAACAGAUUCUCUAAUCUGUGAGUCGUGUUUGAGGAUAUUAAUAACUGAGGAAUUGUUAAGAUUUUACUGAAUGCUUUGAGGCACAGAAGAGUCUGUCCCCUGGUUUUAUCUCUGACCUUUUAACCUUUCACAGCCUAAGAUCAUCAUGUAAGGCCCUUUAAAGGCAACAUAUUCUGUAAAACACACUUCUCCAUGUUCCUCUAACUCUAACAUGUGUCUCUAGUCUGUCUACAAACCCCC